UGUCACACAUAAUUCAAUGAGAAGGAAGGAAAAUGUUCAUCUUCUCUCAAGUGAUCUAAGUAAAUCCAUUGCUACUAUUUGCUCCUCGCAUAGUCUAACUGAGUGCGAAAUCGCGAUCCGAGAAUGACCAAAGCAUGGUUGGAGUCACAUGGUGAUCCUGCCAUAGAAGCUGCAGUAGCAAAGGCUCCUGUUGUCGAGGGAAUCCUCGAGGUUUUGUUUGCUUCAACUGAGGAUGAAAUUAGAAUUAGCAAUAUCGAUUUUAGCAGAAAUUUGUAUCUGGAAUGAGGUGAAUAGGCAGAUAAUACUUAACUCAGAUCCACAGCUUGAGAUCUUCUUAAGACUGUUGAGAAAUAGUAGUCUAUUUUUAAAAGCUGCCGUUCUACUUUACUUGUUAAAGCCAAAGGCAAAACAGAUGAUAUCGACGGAGUGGGUUCCGCUAGUUCUUCGAGUUUUAGAGUUCGGAGAGCAGUUGCAGACUCUAUUUACAGUAAGAUGUAGUCCCCAAGUGGCAGCAUUUUACUUCCUAGACCAACUAUUAACAGAUUUUAAUGAAGAUAGGAGCUUAGAGAAUGCGAGUCAAGUAGUUUCUCUUGGGGGAUUGAGCCUUCUAAUAAGAAAUGUUGAGAUUGGAGAUGUUCCUGAGAGGCACAAAGCUGCCAUGAUCAUAUCCUGCUGCAUUCGAGCCGAUGGGAGUUGUCGAAACUACUUAGCUGAUAAAUUGAACAAGGCAUCUCUAAUAGAACUUAUUGUUGGGAACCGUAAGGAUUCUAAUGGAUCUGUUAUUGCCUUACUAACUGAGCUGCUCUGCCUGAACAGAAGAAAACAAAUAACCAAAUUCUUAAAUGAUCUGCUGAAUGGAUGGGGUGGCUUGAAUACCAUGCACAUCUUAUUGGCAUAUCUGCAGAAGUCUCGACCCGAAGAACGCCCCUUGGUUGCAGUCAUCUUAUUACAGCUUGACAUUCUGUCUUUUUACAGGGAGAUCCUUUGAGGCUCAGUGUUUACAGAGAAGAAGCAGUUGAGGCCAUUGUAGAUGCUUUAGAUUGUGAGAAGUGUAACGAAAAGACUCAAGAACAAUCAGCCAGAGCUCUUAUGAUAUUGGGAGGCUGUUUUUCUUACAAUGGAGAGGCAACAACAGAAACUGGCUUUUGGAACAAGCAGGCUUUAAUGAAAACUUAGGGGGCUCAUUUCACACAAAGGAAACAGUUGAUGGUAUCUUGCAUGAAGAGAAGGAAGCAAUAGAAAGUUGGCAGAGAAGAGCAGCAAUUGCUUUGCUAACCAGUGGCAACAAGAGAUUCUUGGUCGCUCUUUCAAAUUCUAUGGCCAAGGGCAUUCCUAGAUUAGCUCGAUCAAGCCUCUUAACUGUUGCCUGGAUGAGCAACUUUCUUCAUUUAGUUCCAGAUAAAGAUUUUCAGUCCAUGGCAUGCUCAGUACUUGUGCCUCAGUUACUUGAAUCCUCAAAUUACAACAGAGCGGUUGAGGAAACGGUGCUUGUUUCUUUCUCAUUGCAGCAGCUCAUAAAAAAUUCAGAAUACGUCUCUAUCAUUUCAUCAUUGGGUGCGGCAUAGAUAAAUUAUCUUGGCAAUCAUAGUCCACAAGGAUGGUUCAUGAGCUUCUUCUGACUCUCACCGAGCACUGCAAGGAAGCGGUAGCCUGAGCCAGAAGCAGAGGAGAACUGGCCAGACCAAUUAAAGCAAUGCAGGAACUCAUCUGAUAUAUUGAUUCUAAAGGGUUGACUAUCAUAGGAUUUUGUUACCACCUGACAUAAGUGAUCAUGUAUUCAUGUAGUUCUUUCAAAUUCCAUUUCAUCUUUUGAGAGUUCCUGUAAAUGAUGUAACAUAUGGCACAUUUGAUGUUUAAAAUAUAGUGAUUUAGAGAGAUGAGAAAUAUCCAAUCAACAAGAUUUCCCCCAAAUAAUGAAUGGAUCACUGCAUCAUUU